GCUAACUUUCGUGAGCAUUAUUCUGGCACCGACCCUUUAUGAGAGACGUGCAAUGCUCCCCAAGCAUCCUCUCCCUGAUCAGCUCGCGUGUUCGCCAUGAUGAAGUCCCACAAGCAGAGCGCCUCUUCUUCUCCGAAGCGCGCGGCCGCCAUUGCCGCGCCGGUGGCCUUCCUACUGGCCCUUGGCCUCGUCUUGCUCUACGACUUGAGCUUCUCUGACCGCCACUAUUACCUGCGCAUAUAUGGCGCCUCUUCCUCGGCGGCGUCGUCGCUGGUAUCGGCACCAUCUCCGGCACCGGCAUGCGACCUUACGCAGGGCGAGUGGGUGCCGGACGCCGCGGAGGCGCCGUACUACACGAACCUGACGUGCCCCUUCAUCGACGACCACCAGAACUGCAUGAAGUUCGGCAAGCCGAGCCUCGAGUUCAUGCGCUGGAGGUGGAGGCCGGACGGCUGCGAGCUCCCCCGCUUCGACGCGGCGGCGUUCUUGCACGCCAUGAGAGGCAAGUCCAUGGCGUUCGUCGGGGACUCCCUCGCCAGGAACCACUUCAAGUCUUUGCUCUGCCUCUUGUCCAAGGCGGCGCAGCCAGUGGAGGUGGGUUCGGAGCCGGAGAUCGACGUGACGGGGAGGGCCGUCCGGCGGGACUACUACUUCGGCAGCCACGACUUCACGGCCACGCUCUUCUGGUCGCCGUUUCUCGUCAAGGCCAACCUGUCGCACGCCACGCUCGGCAUGUGGGACGUGCACCUCGACACGGCAGACCCCCGGUGGGCGGCGCACGUCGCCGACUUCGACCACGUCGUCCUGUCGGGCACCAACUGGUUCUUCCGCCCCUCGGUGUACCACGAGGGCGGGCGCGCCGCCGCGUGCAACGGCGGCGUCAGCUGCGCAGCCAGCAACGUGACGACCGAGCUCCCCGUGCCCCGCGCCCUGCGAGCGGCGUUCCGGACGGCGCUCGGCGCCCUCGCCACGAGCGAGGGGUUCCACGGCAAGGCGGUGGUCCGGACGGUGACGCCCACGCACUUCGAGAACGGCGAGUGGAACACAGGCGGCGACUGCGUCCGCACGCGCCCGUACCGCCGCGGUGGCCGCGCCGUGAGCGCCGCCGAGUACCGCAGCGCGCAGGUCGAGGCGUUGAGGGAGACGGAGGCGGCGGCGACGGGGAACGGCACGGAGCUUGUGCUGAUGGAUAUCACGGAGGCGAUGGAGCUGCGGCCGGACGGGCACCCGAGCCGGUACGGCCACCCGCCGGGCGGGAGCGUGGAGGGCAGCUUCGUGGUGGACUGCCUGCACUGGUGCUUGCCCGGGCCGAUUGACCUGUGGAGCGAGCUGCUUUUCCAGAUGAUCGUGCCACAGCAUUAG